AAUUUCACUUGUUUUAAGUGAUUACAUAUAAAAGCAAGUGUUGUGUGUGUAUGGUGUAUGUGUGUAUUUUUUUCUUUCCUUUCUUUUUUUCUUUCUUUCUUUGAGUCAGGUUUUCACUUACUAGCCCUGGCUGGCCUGGAGCUCACUGUGUGCAUUCCAGGCUGGCCUCAGAUUCAUAAGGAUCCGACUGCCUCUGCCUUCCGAGUGCUGGGAUUAAAGGUUCAGCUAUAAAAGCAGUUUUCUCUUAAGAAACUUGACAUAGUUUAUUACAUUUUCUUGAAGGUUUAAAAUGUCCUGAAACAGCGACACCAGAAUAAAAUGUUUAGAUGUUCCCGAGGCUGUAUAGAAUUGAAUGUUAGGUGCCUGCUUCCCAGGAAAGCCUAGCUCCUUACAGCUCGACGCUACUUCUAAAGUGGAGUACUAUUUUUUCAACUCAAAAGCUCUGUGGCCGGCAGACUACAAUGUUUAUUUUAUAAUUGCUUGCUGAACUACGAUAGUCUGUUUCCAGAUGGUGCCCUUCCUUCAACCUGCACACAAUCUCGCCUUGUUCAGAGCUAUUCGACCUCCCGCAGCUCCAGCUCCCUCUCCACUUAGGGCUACAGAGGAAAUCCUAAGGAGGAGAUUUCCACCCCCUCCCCAGGCUCCAUCCGUCUUCUAAUGACGUAAUAGGUGGGCUGAACUGAGUCUACCGAGGAGGAGAGGGAAUCACUCUUGGAGUACUGUGCUGUGCAGACAGUCUGUCAGCUGCGGCUGGUUACUGCCCUUCUCCAUGCGGCAGACAGCACAGCCACAAUGCAUUCGCUGCUGGAUUAGAGAAAGUCCACAGACAGCCCCAAGUUCCAUAGGUGGCCUGUCAAACUCAGUCGACAGUGCUAUAAAAACAAGUUCCUCACUGCUUGGAUUCAACAGUCAGAAACAAAAAUGCAGUUGCCCCUGAAGUCAGAGACGAACGGACUUCUACACUGAUCUUUUAGAGAGCAGGGAAGGACGAAGUUUCCGGAUUUACUUUUCAACAGACACAAAAGGACGCUGUGGUACAACUUCAUUUCAGAAUGAAGGCUUUUGUUUGGACCCUAGCUGUGCUGCUCUUUCUACUGGGCAUUGGUCACUGCAAAGGAGGACAGUUCAAAAUAAAAAAAAUCACCCAAAGGAGAUAUCCCCGUGCCACGGACGGUAAGGAGGAAGCAAAGAAAUGUUCCUAUACAUUCUUGGUACCUGAACAAAAAAUAACAGGGCCCAUCUGUGUCAACACCAAAGGUCAAGAUACAGGCACUAUUAAAGACAUGGUCACGAGGAUGGACCUUGAGAACCUCAAGGAUGUGCUCUCCAGGCAGAAACGCGAGAUCGACGUCCUGCAAUUGGUGGUGGAUGUAGACGGGAACAUUGUGAAUGAGGUGAAGCUGCUGAGAAAGGAAAGCCGCAACAUGAACUCUCGAGUCACUCAACUCUAUAUGCAACUACUGCACGAGAUUAUCCGUAAAAGAGACAACUCCCUCGAGCUUUCUCAGCUGGAAAACAAAAUCCUCAACGUCACCACAGAAAUGCUGAAGAUGGCAACAAGGUACAGGGAACUAGAGGUGAAGUAUGCUUCCCUGACUGACCUUGUCAAUAACCAGUCUGUGAUGAUCACGGUGUUGGAAGAACAGUGCUUGAGGAUAUUCUCCCGACAAGACACCCACGUGUCUCCCCCUCUUGUCCAGGUUGUGCCCCGACACAUUCCUAACAGCCCCCAGUACACGCCUGGCCUGCUGGGAGGCAAUGAGAUACAGAGGGAUCCAGGCUAUCCCAGAGACGUAAUGCCGCCACCGGACCUGGCAACAGCUCCCACCAAAAGCCCUUUCAAGAUUCCAGCAGUAACUUUCAUCAAUGAAGGGCCAUUCAAAGACUGUCAGCAAGCAAAGGAAGCUGGGCACUCAGCCAGUGGGAUUUACAUGAUCAGACCAGAGAACAGCAACGGACCGAUGCAGUUAUGGUGUGAGAACAGUGUGGAUCCUGGGGGCUGGACUGUCAUUCAGAAAAGGACAGACGGCUCUGUCAACUUCUUUAGAAACUGGGAAAACUAUAAGAAAGGGUUUGGAAACAUUGAUGGAGAGUAUUGGCUUGGACUGGACAAUAUCUAUAAGCUCAGUAAUCAAGACAAUUAUAAGCUGCUGAUUGAAUUAGAAGACUGGAGUGAUAAGAAGGUCUAUGCAGAAUAUAGUAGUUUUCGUCUGGAACCCGAAAGUGAAUCUUACAGACUGCGCUUGGGAACUUACCAGGGGAAUGCAGGGGAUUCUAUGAUGUGGCAUAAUGGCAAACAAUUCACCACACUGGACAGAGAUAAAGAUAUGUAUACAGGAAACUGUGCCCACUUUCAUAAAGGAGGCUGGUGGUACAAUGCCUGUGCACACUCAAACCUCAAUGGAGUAUGGUACAGAGGAGGCCAUUACAGAAGCAAGCACCAAGAUGGAAUUUUCUGGGCUGAGUACAGAGGCGGGUCCUACUCCUUGAGGGCCGUUCAGAUGAUGAUUAAGCCUAUUGACUGAAGACAGAUAGUCUCCAAAUAAAUUACACAGAACUUCACUUUUCAGUUCCCCAAAUGUAAACAUUACAUGCUACUUGGCACAAUUUGUUUUUACAGGUACAGUUUGUAAAAUAAAUUGUACUGUGACUAUAAGAAUGUAUCUGUGAAUAUAGCUCCAUUUCCCUUUAAUAUGCUACAGAAGAUUAUUUGUAUGCAAAUCUGUUAUUUUAAAAAUUAUAUUGACCGAAUACAGGUAAAUGUAAAUAUCUGCCAUGAUGUAAAACAAAGCUUUAUUUUGAAUCAAGUCCAAAUACAUGAUCAAGAUACUUAAUGAUUUAUUUAAAAAAAUGUAACACUGCUCUAAUGUUCAAUGAAAAAAUAAUUUUAAGACUUCAGCCAUGCAGUUCAUUUUAUUUAUGAAAAUAUAGACAGGAAAUUAGAGAAAGAUCUCUAGUUUUGCCACUGAAAAUGUUUUUCCAUUGAAUAAAAAUUUAAAAUAAAAUUUUAAAGUGAAUUAUGUUUUUCACUUGUAAUUAUUUUCUU